GGCCGAGGCGGACGCGGCGGCGGCGGCGGCGGCGGCCGCGGGCCAUGGAGGAGCGGCGGGAGGAGGGCGAGGCGGAGAUCCAGGAGCACGGGCCCGAGCACUGGUUCUCCAAGUGGGAGCGCCAGUGCCUGGCCGAGGCCGAGCAGGACGAGCAGCUGCCGCCCGAGCUGCAGGAGGAGGCGGCGGCGGCCGCGCAGCCCGAGCUCCGGCAGCAGAAGCUCUGGCACCUCUUCCAGAACUCGGCCACGGCCGUGGCGCAGCUCUACCAGGACCGGGUGUGCCAGCAGCCAGGACUGUCGCUCUGGGUCCCGUUCCAAAACGCAGCCACCGCCGUCACCAACCUCUACAAAGAAAGCGUGGAUACGCAUCAGCGGAGUUUUGAUAUUGGAAUUCAGAUUGGCUAUCAGCGGCGCAAUAAGGAUGUGUUGGCUUGGGUCAAAAAGCGCAGAAGAACUAUUCGCAGAGAAGAUCUGAUCAGCUUCCUGUGUGGAAAAGUCCCUCCGCCACGAAACUCGCGCGCUCCCCCGAGACUGACUGUAGUGUCCCCUAACAGAGCUGCUUCGACGGAAACUAGCUCAUCCGUAGAGACUGAUUUGCAACCCUUCCGGGAAGCCAUAGCUCUGCAUGGUCUUAGUGGUGCAAUGGCUAGUAUAAGCGUGCGUUCGAGUACCCCGGGCUCUCCUACCCAUGUAAGCAGUGGAUCGAAUGCUAGUCGAAGGAGAAAUGGACUCCAUGAUGUCGAUUUGAACACUUUCAUAUCAGAAGAAAUGGCACUCCACUUGGACAAUGGUGGAACUAGAAAGCGUACUUCAGCCCAGUGUGGCGAUGUCGUUACAGACUCACCAACCCAUAAACGCAACCGAAUGAUCUAAACCACAGGCAUUUUCACACCCACCAUGCUGCUUGAAAGCCACGUGAUCCUCAACAUAUACUAUGAUUGCAAAGGAAACAUGAGGCCAUCUUCCCCGUUCACUGUUUCAGACACGUGAAUUCUCUAGUGGUUGCCAGCCGAGGAAGUUCUAGGUCUUUUCAGUGGCUGCCUCUUGUAAACUCUGGCUUUCCUAAAACUAUAAUCCUAGCAGAGGACAUCAGAUACCGUGUACUGUCGUUAGCAAGAUCAUCAUAGGCAAACAUAUAUCCGUUCCAAGGCUAAAAAGUGACCUUAACUGUAUUUAUUCUCAAAGGGAAAGGAAAUAGCAGAUGUCUAUUUGGUUAUAGAACACUUUUUUUUUCUUUCUUUUUUCUCUUUUCUUUUCUUUUCUUUUUUUUUUUGGUCCAUUUCCUGCUGUGUUGAGUAUUUUGCUUCAGCAGUAUUGCUAGGUACCUAAACAUGAUCUCAAACCCACGAUUCGGCUUCCCCAUCAACUCUGCAGGCUCCAUCCUGGGUCCUAGCGGGGACCGCGUGCAGCUUCCGGUCACUCAACUGUCCCUGUGUCUAGCCAGGUCCCCAAGCGGUUCCUCCUGCUGGCGAUUGUGAUGUCAAGAGGUGCGAUGAUGGUCAUGCAACUCACGCUAUGGAAUCAAUACACGGAACUCUUCUCGGAUUCGCUUUGUGUGUGUUGUGCUCUAAAAGUUAGUAACACCCUGAAGCGGCCCCGAGAAUCCCCGCAGGCUUGAAAUAACUCCAGUUUUCAGACCCGGGCUACUCCCCUGGCGGAGUACUGACCUGACGGUAAAUGUGAGCGCAUAGACUGCGAGGUCGUGAACGUCCCAGACGGGCUGCCCUGUGGGUCCAGUGGCAGUGCGAAGGGGGAGGCGGCUGGUGGGAGGGUGGCGGCCCCUGUAGCCUUUCAGAUCCUGUUCUCCCAGUAUCCCCAGGCGCCCCGCUUUCUGCAGUCUCCACUGGAACGGGAGGGAGAAAGGGUCUUUUUACCUACUGCUGAUGCGAUACCAUACGUAGCAAAACCAACUUCCCCGCCCCUCUCCCGGAAGAGCCUUCUGGGAAAGAUGGAGCCGCAUGGAGGUUCUCUAGAUUUUAGGUAGUCCUAAAUAAAAGUUCUCAAUAGACUCUUCUUUUGAGUAAAAUAUAAGACCUCUUGUAGUAGCUACAAUGUUUUAGAGCAUGUUUCACCUUCAUUUUUACUAUCUCAGACUCAAGGAUAGUCUUUUUUAGAUGAACUGAUGUCAGCCUGCCAGGUACUGUAAUUUAUUCUAUCAUAUUAUAUAUCGAGUAGGACAGUGAAAAAUGUUUCCUUGCAAACUUGUAGUCCAGUAUCAGUUAUUUCCUGUUUUUAAAAAACCAUUGCAAAUCAGCGUAAGGGUUUUUCCAGUAAUUACAGCACUUUGUUAAAGUUUGCGAUUUCUUCCGCCAUUUAAUAAUCCCUUUCUGUGAAGAAACUUGGCUGAGUUAAUCUUAACACUCAUUGACAGGGUGGGGGUGUGGACGAAAUGUUAGAGACGUGUGAACUGAAGUUCUGUAUUCAUUAUAGAUAGAGCCCUUAUUUAAAAAGCCAGUUCCAUACUAAAUCUAGCAAUGAAAGAUAUUUCUAAAUUUUCGCAAAAGUGGAUCAGUUUUUUUUUUUUUUGGUUUGAAUAUAAUAGCAGGAAAAAUUAUAGCCGUCUGAAACAGACAAGCCUGUGUAUUAAUGAAUACUUUGCCGCUUCCUUCUGAAAUAUCCCGGGAAUGCAUUUGCAGUUAGCCUUGUUUUUCUGUCACUGUAAAUUUAAAUUUUGGAAUUGGGGCUUGGUGGUAGGGAGCGCCGCGCCCAGGUGGCCCCAAACCCCCGUUUGUCCAGGAGUCGAGACCGAGGAACGCAUAUUUAAUCGCCCCUCUACGCCUUGGUUCUGGUCCUUUCUCCAAGUUGAGUAACAUUCUUCCUCUGGGUUUUGUUUCGGUUGGUGCUCUGAAGCAUUAUCUCAGUACCCUCUAACGCGGAUUGUCAAAUUUGAUAAAACACGUGCCAUUUUCUUUGGUAAGAGAAAAGCAGGUCUUCAUGUCUGCCAGAACGUGAUUUAUAUGCCUUACUGGCUCCAUUAAACUUUUCAAAAACUU